AUGAACACCGCUCCUACCUCCCAGCUCGCGUGGCUCUCGUCGCUCAAGACGAGCUUCAACGACUUUACCGAUGAGCAAAAGUUCCUCCGCAAGACCUCCAUCAUUGGUACCAUCGGCCCCAAAACCAACUCGGUCGACAUGCUCGAGCAGCUCAUGAACGCCGGUCUCAACAUCGUCCGGAUGAACUUCUCGCACGGUUCAUACGAGUACCACCAGUCGGUCAUUGACAACUCGCGCGCUGCCGCCGCCAAGCUCUCGUCCGGCCGUCCCAUCGCCAUUGCCCUCGACACCAAGGGUCCCGAGAUCCGUACCGGUCUCAUGGCCAACGACCAGGAUGUCCCCAUCACCGCCGGCCACGAGUUUAUCAUCUCCACCGACAAGGCUGAUGCCGAGUCUGGAUCCGCCGAGAAGAUCUACAUGGACUACCCCAACCUCCCCAAGGUCACCUCCCCCGGCAAGACCAUCUUUGUCGAUGACGGUAUCCUCUCCCUCCAGGUCGUCGCCAUCGAGGGCACCUCCCUCCGCGUCAAGUCCCUCAACUCGGGCACUCUGUCCUCCCGCAAGGGUGUCAACCUCCCCAAGACCCCCGUCGACCUCCCCGCCCUCUCCGAGAAGGACAAGGCCGAUCUCGCCUUCGGUGUCAAGAACGGCGUUGACAUGAUCUUUGCCUCCUUUAUCCGUUCCGGCCAGGACGUCCGUGACAUCCGCAAGGUCCUCGGUACCGACGGUGCCACCAUCAAGAUCAUUGUCAAGAUUGAGAAUGAGCAGGGUGUGCAAAACUUUGACGAGAUUCUGCGCGAGACGGACGGUGUCAUGGUGGCGCGUGGAGACUUGGGAAUCGAGAUUCCCGCGUCGCAGGUGUUCUUGGCGCAAAAGAUGAUGAUUGCCAAGUGCAACGUCGCUGGCAAGCCCGUCAUCUGUGCCACCCAGAUGCUCGAGUCCAUGACUGUCAACCCCCGCCCGACCCGUGCCGAGGUUUCCGACGUCGCCAACGCCGUCCUCGACGGUGCCGACUGUGUCAUGUUGUCCGGCGAGACCGCCAAGGGCAAGUACCCCAUCGAGGCCGUCAAGAUGAUGGCCGAGACCGCCUUCCUCGCCGAGUCGGCCAUCGCCUACCAGCCCCUCUUUGACCAGCUCCGCGCCCUCACCCCCCGCCCGACCGAGACCGCCGAGACACUGGCUUUCUCCGCCGUCGCUGCUGCUAUCGAGCAGGACGCAGGAGCCAUUGUCGUCCUCUCCACCUCGGGUGUCUCCGCUCGCCUGAUUUCCAAGUACCGCCCCCAGUGCCCCAUCAUUUGUGUCACCCGGAACCUCCAAUGCGCGAGGCAGAUGCACCUCUCCCGCGGUGUCUACCCCGUUUGGUACCCCGAGGCGCGUGGUGUUCCCGCCGAGAAGUGGCAGGUCGAUGUCGACAACCGGAUCAGGUUCGGUCUCAAGAACGCGCUCGACUUGGGCAUUAUCAAGCCCGAGCAGACCGUCAUGGCCGUUCAGGGAUGGAAGGGCGGUCUCGGCCACACCAACACCCUCCGAAUUCUCUCGGUCCCGUCUGACCCGACCGACCUUGACAUUAUGGCCAUCGAGCGCGAGUAG